AUGGCCCAGCUAUACUACAAAAAAGUCAACUUCUCCCCGUACCGAGACCGGAUCCCACUGCAGAUCGUGCGAGCGGAGGCAGAGCUCUCGUCGGAAGAGAAAGCCUACCUCAGUGCCGUGGAGAAGGGCGACUAUGCCAGCGUCAAACAUGCCCUGCAGGAGGCAGAGAUCUACUACAACAUCAACAUCAACUGCAUGGAUCCUCUGGGUCGCAGUGCCCUCCUCAUAGCCAUAGAGAAUGAGAACCUGGAGAUCAUGGAGCUGCUGCUGAGCCACAGCGUCUACGUGGGGGAUGCUCUGCUCUACGCCAUACGGAAGGAGGUGGUGGGAGCUGUGGAGCUGCUGCUCAACUACAGGAAGCCCAGUGGUGAAAAACAGGUUCCAACGCUGAUGAUGGACACGCAGUUCUCGGAGUUCACUCCGGACAUCACCCCCAUCAUGCUGGCUGCUCACACCAACAACUACGAGAUCAUCAAACUGCUCGUGCAAAGACGGGUGACCAUCCCACGCCCGCACCAGAUCAGGUGCAACUGUGUGGAAUGUGUGUCCAGCUCCGAGGUGGACAGCCUGAGGCACUCCAGGUCAAGGCUGAACAUCUACAAAGCCUUAGCCAGCCCUUCUCUGAUUGCCUUAUCGAGCGAGGAUCCCAUCCUGACCGCCUUCCGGCUGGGCUGGGAGCUGAAGGAGCUGAGCAAGGUGGAAAAUGAGUUCAAGGCUGAGUAUGAAGAGCUCUCACAGCAGUGCAAGCGUUUUGCUAAGGACCUUUUGGAUCAAGCACGGAGCUCCCGGGAGCUGGAGAUCAUUCUCAAUCACAGGGAUGAUCAAAGCGAGGAGCUGGAUCCCCAAAAAUGUCACGAUUUGGCAAAGCUGAAGGUAGCAAUAAAGUAUCACCAGAAAGAGUUUGUUGCUCAGCCGAACUGCCAGCAGCUGCUAGCAACGCUUUGGUACGACGGCUUCCCAGGCUGGAGGAGGAAACACUGGGCAGUGAAACUCCUGACCUGUGUCACCAUUGGACUGCUUUUCCCCGUGCUAUCCGUGGCAUACCUGAUUGCACCCAAGAGCAGGCUGGGACUGUUCAUUAAAAAGCCAUUUAUCAAGUUUAUCUGCCACACUGGCUCUUACCUGACCUUCCUGUUCAUGCUCCUGCUGGCGUCACAGCACAUCGUCAGGACUGACCUCCACAUGCAGGGGCCACCUCCCACCAUCGUGGAGUGGAUGAUCCUGCCCUGGGUUCUAGGUUUCAUCUGGGGAGAAAUCAAGGAAAUGUGGGAUGGUGGAUUCAAUGAGUACGUACACGACUGGUGGAAUCUGAUGGAUUUUGCAAUGAACUCCCUCUAUCUUGCAACUAUCUCCCUUAAAAUUGUUGCCUAUGUCAAGUACAAUGGAUCUCGGCCGAGGGAGGAGUGGGAGAUGUGGCACCCCACCCUCAUUGCAGAAGCCCUUUUUGCAAUAUCCAACAUCCUGAGCUCCCUGCGCCUCAUUUCCCUGUUUACAGCCAACUCCCACCUGGGACCCCUGCAGAUCUCUCUGGGACGCAUGCUGCUAGACAUCCUCAAGUUCCUUUUUAUCUACUGCCUGGUGCUGCUGGCUUUUGCCAAUGGACUGAACCAGCUUUAUUUUUAUUAUGAGACCAGUGCCUCGGAGGAACCCAACAACUGCAAGGGGAUCCGAUGUGAGAAACAGAACAAUGCCUUCUCCACACUCUUCGAGACCCUCCAGUCACUCUUCUGGUCUGUGUUUGGGCUGCUCAAUCUCUACGUCACCAACGUGAAAGCCAGACACGAGUUCACAGAAUUUGUUGGGGCCACGAUGUUCGGGACCUACAACGUCAUCUCCCUCGUUGUGCUGCUGAACAUGCUCAUAGCCAUGAUGAACAACUCCUACCAGCUCAUUGCUGACCACGCUGACAUUGAGUGGAAGUUUGCACGGACAAAGCUCUGGAUGAGUUACUUUGAUGAAGGUGCCACUCUGCCCCCUCCUUUUAACAUUGUCCCCAGCCCCAAGUCAGUCUGGUACCUCUGCAAGUGGAUCCACAACCAGCUGUGCCCAGGAGACGACUCUGACAACGAGCAGAAGAGGCACGAAAACCUCAAAACAUUCACAGAACGACAUGCUGACAACCUGAUUCAGAAUCAACAUUACCAGGAAGUGAUAAGAAAUCUUGUGAAAAGAUACGUUGCUGCAAUGAUAAGAACUUCCAAAACCAACGAAGGUUUAACUGAAGAAAACUUCAAGGAAUUAAAACAGGACAUCUCGAGUUUUCGCUAUGAAGUUCUCGACCUCUUAGGCAACAGGAAGCCCCAGAGGAGAAGUUACUCCACCAGCAGCACAGAGGUGUCCCAAAAGGAUGAAACAAACGAGGACGGUGCUGGAGAAAAGCCCAGAGCCAAGAGCGUGUCUUUCAAUGUAGCCAACAAAAAAAAGGACUUCAAUGUAUCUGCUCUGAUUAAAACCAUGUCUGGGAUCAACAUGGUGGAAGAGAAGCCAAAAAGCAACGGGAUCAGCAAGCGCUCCUUUGUCCGGAAUGGGAACAGAGUGCAGAGACUCUCCAGCUCCAAGAAGGAAUCCUUCAAGAGGCUGGGGCUGCUCUUCUCCAAAAUGAACGGCCACGUCCCCGAGCCCAGCUCAGAACCCAUGUACACCAUCUCAGAUGGCAUCAUCCAGCCACACUACAUGUGGAAAGACAUUAAAUAUUCUCCCAUGGACAGAGAGAGAGAAGAGAAUUGUUCCAAAAGUGAAAUUAACCUCAAUGAGGUGGCCUACAGUGGGAACACGAGACUUACAGGACAGAGCAAGGAGUGCCCUGUGGUUUGUACCAGCUCCCUUCACUGUGCUUCCAGUAUUUGUUCCUCUAACUCCAAACUUAUAGACUCGUCAGAGGAUGUGUUUGAUUCGUGGGGGGAGGCCUGUGACUUGUUUAUAAACCAGUGGAAAGAGGGGCAGGAGGAUCAUGUUACCACUCGGCUCUGAGCAAAGCUCUCUUAACUCUCACUGGAAAACUCAGCCAAGUAUUGGUAAUUGUUUGCUCUCAUCUGGUUCAGCAUCACUGUUUCCUUUCUGUCCACAGGUGAAAAAAAAAGUGUAAACCUCCUUAUGUUAUAGCCUGUUUUAUAGCCAUCUGCACCUUUUUUAAUUUACUUUUUUUACACUCACUA